AUGCAGGCCGAAUCAACACUUCCCUCAAUCCCGUACGACCGCGAAGCUGUGUAUACCGCGCUGACACAGUUCGACGAGUCCGAUGCCGAAUUCCAGGCUGGCAUCCAGACCAUCAUUGGCCCCAUGCAAUCGUCUGGCGUCGCACCGGAGCAGAUCGAAGAGACCAAGAAGCGUGCCAAGGUGUUUUUCUGGUCGCAGAGGACGGGAAACCAGGUCGAUUAUGCCGACUACAAGGCUUGGCUUGCGUCGAACACCUCACUAGCUGAUACCAAUGGUGCUGGCGUCGCAUCACAGGUAGACGAAACAAAGGCACAGGACAAGGAGCCCUAUCCAGCGUCUUUUGACGCGAUUGUCGAGCUCAUCACCACGGGCAAAACAGACCAGAUCCCAGGCAUUCGCGACAUCCCGCUCAAGAUCAACGAACAGCCUCCAACACAAGCGACCAUGAGCAGACCGCUCAAGCCCUGGGAAAAGGCCAACAACGCUGCUUCAGAUGACGAUGCCCUACAACCAUCGUCACAGACCACAGCGACCGUAUCCGCGAACACAAUCACCUCAGAGCUACAGACAGAAAACUGA